UAAAGUCCUAACUCUAUCAACAGCUUUAUUAUUGUGAAUUAUGAUUGAUAUGAUUGUUAUUGAAUGCUGAUUUUAUUUUCCUUACAACACAAUUAGCAAUAAUUGAAUAACGAGUAAUAUUAAGUAAUAACAAUAAUAAAUAAAUAAUAAUUCCGGAUUGCGUCCACGGUCUGCGAAACACACUUAACGUCUUGUAUUAACGUUUUUCUCCUUUUCUCCUAUUUAAUAGCAUUUAUUAUACCACACGGUCGGUGUCCGUGUGCUACCCCACUCCUCUAGAAACCUUUUUGACGCACAUGAAACGGUUUAUUAUCGGCGGCCACGGCGGCGGUUUCCGGUUCACCUUGUGAUUAUUGUUGUAACAAUAAUAAUGCAGUUUCGCCGUUUCGUGUACAUACCUACCUACUAGUAUAUUAAAUAUAUUUUUUCCCCGUAGCUUUCCAUUCGACGGUGUCCUUUCCCUCUGCUAUCCACCGUCGGUCGUGGCGGUCGCGGACAACGGCCAAACGCUCGUCACUUCGUAGUUCGUCAGUACCUACACAAACGUCUCGUCGUGUUCUCCGUCGCUCGUUACGUUCGCGUCCGCUUUCGCAUUUCAUCAUCGUGAAAUAGUUUCUUUUUUUUAUUCUGUUCAAUCCGCUUCUUCGUUGUAUUAUGCGAGUGUAUCACAGUCACCGUCACCAAUCUUUCGAGUGAACAUAAUUUUUUUUACUUUUUUUUUUUAUUAAGUUGAUCACAACUGAACAAAACAUGAACAAAUUCGUUUUGCCGGCGCUAUUCGUCUGUUUGGUUAUUGGCAACAACGUUAACUGGGGUGUCAGUGGAAUCGAAGGGGACACAGAUUUAAAUGAUUUACAAGACACUGUGAAAAAGAAGUUUGGCUCACUUGCUCCUGGUUUACCCAGUUUGGAUCAGUUUAAUGAGUCCAUACCGGCCUUAGACGAAGGUGAAAGAGUGUUGAAAGAAAAAUGUUUAAAAAAUAGCAAGUCCAACGACUCUUAUGAAAUGACUGUGGAGGCAAAGAAAGAUUUUGAAGUUUGUGUAAAAUCUUUAAUUGAUAUUGCAGAAAUAAAAAAAGAGAUUAAUGACGCCAAACCUAAAGGUGAUCUUGAUAUGGUAUUUAAGAAAUACUGCAAAAAGUCACCAGAUUUUAAGGAGUGUGUUUUAAACUUUACAUCUACUAUUGAUGCAUGCUUGGACGAAGGUGAAAAAGAUAGCAAAACAAUUCUUCAGAAUGUCACUGAAUCUUUAUUAUCAUUUGUGUGCCAUGAUGAGGGUGAUCGUAUAGCAUUAUUUUAUUCAGAAGGCGGUCCAGAUUGUUUAAUGGAUAAAAAGGAAGCUAUACAACACUGUCUAAAUACAUCAUUUAGUAAGUAUAUGCCCAAUGGCGAACCAAGCUUAUCUAGCUUGCCAGCAUUCAAAUUUGAAGAAGAUCAAUGCAAGAGUAUGUCUGAGUUACAAGUGUGUGUAAUUUCUGAAUUAGAAAAAUGUGGUGAACCAACACCUGCUAACAUCAUCGAAUCAUUGUUCGAGUAUGUACGUCGAACAACACCAUGCUCAAAAUUUCAGAGUGCUCAAAUGCGUAAAAAAUCUUCAGGUGUUUCGUUACAUGCAACGAUCUCUAUUACAGCAUUAUGUAGUUUAACAAUCCUGUUAGGUCGAAUUGGAUUCUACUAGUAUGUUGGUAGUACUUACAGAAUAAUAUAACAAUUUUAAGUAAGGCUUAGAAUCAAAAUCCUUAAUACAUAUAUAUUGAGAUCUAUGUUGAACUAAACUAAAUUUAUUUAUUAUUUAUAAAUAUUAGACAGUAAUAUUUUUAUUUUUGAAUAUUUGAUUAAUGAAGAAUUAAGAUGAAUUAUUGAAGAAUACUCGGGCCCCCCUUUUUUUACAUAUUUAAUCUAAGAAUAGUUAACGUGUACAAAUCAAUUUAAAUAGUAUACAAAUUUUGUUUAGUCAAUGUAUUUUUUUCAAAACUUUAAAUAUAAUUUAAAAUUGUUCAAAUUGUAUUGUUACAUACUAUAUUGUUUUUAGUUGUCAAUCAAUAUUUUUUACAUAUUUAAAUAGUAUCAGAAAAUAUUAAAUACAUGUAAUUAUGCCAAUAUAAAAUACUAUAUUUUUUUAAUGAAAACAAUGUUAAAUUAUUUUGUAACAUUAUUUAGUUUUCAAAACCAUGGAUUAGUUAUUCUUAAUUAUUUAGGUGGUUGUAAUGGCCUACUACUUUUAUCUAAAACUGUUUGGUGUAAUUAAUGGUCAAUAAGUUUUGGUGUAUAGAAUAAAAAUAUAACUUAUUUUGUACACACUAACAUAAGUGUGUAUAAGAAUUUUUUUUAAUUGUAAUUUAUGUUUUUUUAUGUUUACUAUUUAUUUUAUAUGUAUAAUCCAAAAUAAAAAAAUCAUCUACUGUUUAGUAUUACCGA